UCAACCUGCGAGAUUUCCGUCGGGUUCAGCGUUUCAGAUUGCGAAUCUUUCGUAGAUGUCGUCGAUGGGUAGACCUCCACUGUCGUCUAAUUCGUUGAAGAGGAAAUGCGCCUCGUCGGAUAACGGUGGUUCCGGCAAGUGCGGUGGGUCGGAAACUGAGAAUGAAGAGGGUAGUCCUGAAGAACAGUUGAACUUGGUUGGGAACAGGGGAUACUACAAGUUCAGCAGCGUGAGGGGUCGCCCGGCGCGGAAACACGUGGAGAGGGCAUCGGAUGAUCCGGCGAUGCUGAUCGUAACCUACGAAGGGGAGCACAACCACUCGCUCUCCGUGGCGGAGACCUGCAGCCUCAUCCCUAAAUCCUUCUAGCUUCUUCCAUGUAUUUAAUUUAUUCCA